AUGCCGCAACAUGCUAAUGUACAUCAUGUCAAAGAUCUCUACGAUUCAUCCGUCGAGUUCUUCGCGCUCCGCAACCCACUCAUAUCCUUCCACGGUCUAUCCUCAACCACGAACGAUAAUCACAUCUCCACCGAUCCUGAUCCGACCUCGCGUGCGCAGAACCUGACUCCCGUCCAACACCUUCGACUCGACAAACUGACGCGUGGUAGAGCUUCGAGACGAAGGAGGGGUGAAGGACAGUCGACAGAACGUCGACCCGGGAGUAACGGAUGCUCCCCACAAACUCGCCCAGAACCUCCUGCAUCCAUGGCUCUCGCAUCCAUCCGCAGCGAACUCGAUAUCACUCUCAAAGAGCUCGCCAAAGUCCAGGCAGAGCGCACGAAGUACCUUCAGCGAUGCAAGGAUCUCGAAAAGGUGUUGAAGGAUACGACCGAUGCCUUGCGGUCUCGCGAGAGGGAGGUGGAUGACUUGAAGAGAGAACGGGAGAGGAUAUCGCUGAUGCGUCGGAACAGCCAAAACACGGAUCGCAGCCCGACGACUCCCCGGUCCAGUGGCCCAACUCCCAUUCCCAGCCGAACUACAGUAUCCAUUUCGAGCAGAGACCCAUACGACGAUGACGUGGAUUACGAUGGCAGGAAUCGUCCCAGACUACGUCGUGCCGAUAGCACAGCAACUUUCAACAGCCGUAGGAAUAGGUCCCAACCUCCAGUUCCACGCCCGAUUAGUCUCGACAUCACCGAUAGCAGUACCUUCGCCUCCAUGCACGGCCUCGAAGUCUUUCUCACCAAGACGGACAGUUGGUCAGGCGCACAGGUCAUCGAGGCCGUCCAGGACCUAAAUUCAGAGAUCCUCCAGCUCUCUGCCGCAGCUGCCGAGCUCACCACAGUAACGCACAGGCGUGCCAAGUAUCCCCCAGCGAAGGUGGCACAGGCUGGGAAGGAUACGGCCUCGAGGUUGGGACCUAUGUUCGCCCGCAUUCUCGCGACACGGAAUCACUCGCAAGAUCCUACACUUAUCCAGUUCAGCCUGCAGGCGUGCAUGACCACUUGUACGGCACGCCUGCUGUCUGGAUUCUGUAUCGGUUUCCCCAUCAUGCCGAACGAACUAUUUUCUCAGCUAUAUUUCCACAUGCAAGCGACGGAACCUCAGGCUACAUCUUCACGUUGGCGAGCAUUAGCUUUGAGUCACAUCCGCGCACUCAACCCCCGUCUGGAAGAGCACGCCGUCUUUGAAUUUGUCGAUAUUAUUCUUCGCGCCUAUGCGGACAUCUUCGUCCUCUGCGGCUGCAUUCACACCGAGAUCCCCCUGACUUCUCCCGACGCCCUCAAAGCUCGUUUUGGCCAACAAGUUCGUCGCAUCGCUAUAGCGGCGUGCCACCUGGCGCGGGUGAUCAAGGAGGAGAUCAUGUCGACGAACUUCGAGCUUAUCCUUGUUGAACAAGCCAGGGCUUUCGAUACCAUUACGAUGACGAAUGCGUUCGGAGGUCAUGCAGCCUCGAAGGGUUCUGUGCUGUGUACGACAGAGCUCGGGCUGAGGUGUUCGACGCGGAAGACGGUGAAUGUGAAGUCAAUGGAUGGGACGGCGAAGGGAGUGGCGGUGAAUGGAGCCCUAGGCAUUGAACGGACUGUUCUGUUGCAGCCAAAGGUGGUAUUGGAGUCCGUCGCUCAAGUAUUCGGGCCUGCGUCCGAGCAAUGA